AAUUGUCUCUCUGUUCGAUCAAUUAAGUUCACUUGUUAACUUGUAUCAAACAUACUUUUAAAAAAAUGGCCGCUACCGUAAGGAUUGAAGCAUAUAAAACUACAAGUGGUAAUGGUGACAGGAAAGAAAAACCAAAGAAAAGCGUUUUCAUAAAGGUAACUUUUCUCAAGAUUAGUAACAUUGAAACAGUCAAAGAGCAGUUCUCAGCAGACGUCUUUAUCAAAGCAAGAUGGCGGGAACCAAGCUUAGACCAUAGCAAGGUUUCAGAUAAUCUGAAGUUAGACCAGUAUUGGAGCCCCAAGUUAGUGGUCCAGAAUGUACUUGGUAGUCCGAAACAAUCGUCAUGGAAGGAACUUAACUUUGGUAAAGGAGGAGAGGCGUUUAUUGUGGAGAAGAGAAGGAUCAAAGGAACUUUCGCAGAAAUGUUGGAACUAAGAAUGUUUCCGUUUGAUUUUCAGGAUAUAAGUGUAGUACUGACAUCAGAGCACCCUAUCCAAGAACUUGAGAUUUUAGAGGACGAACAAGAACUUAGCUCAAUGAAUGUUUCAUGUUUUGUUGAUGUCCAAGAAUGGGAACUAAAAGACUAUGUAGUAACUGAAGCUAAACAGAUGACAAAAGAAUUCUCAGAAACUAAAAAUAUAUCAUUUCCGUUAUUGACAGUGAAAACUUUAGCUGUCAGACAAUUUGGAUUCUUUGUGUGGAAUAUACUAAUCAUAAUGACCAUCAUCAGCUUGUUAUCCUUCACAACAUUUGCUGUCGACAACACUAAACCACAGAACAGAUUACAGCUAGGGUUUACAUUAACAUUGACGGGCGUUACCUUCAGAUUUGUCACCAAUCAGAGUUUACCUAAGAUAUCGUAUCUUACUAAAUUGGAUAUAUACAUAUUGUUUUGUAUGAUAUUCAACUUUUGCAUCAGUAUUUGGCACGCAGUUAUAACCCGGUUUAAAGACAACUCGAACCAAGAUUCAAUGGACUUCUGGGCAUUUAUUAUCUUUAUAAUUAUAUACAGCGUCUUCCAAUUGAUAUACUUUAUGAUUGUCGUCGGGAGUUAUUUCUGGAGAAGAAGAAAGGUACAGCAACUAGAAAAAGAAUACCAGGAGAAAGCAAUUAAGCUGAUAGGAGAAUCCUGGAAAAGCAAUAGAAAAAUUACGAGUAGAUCGAAAGUUAGAGAUGGUCGAGCAUCACUUUUCUUUGGAUAAAACCAUACCUGUAAAACACAUGAAACAAUUGCACAAGUUCAAACAUUUAGAAAAUCUUCCAUAGUAUUGAAGAUUUAAAGUUUUUAAAGAGACAGCACAUUUGCAUGUUAUUUGGAAUAUACAAUGACAUAUAAACUUAAAUAUUUGCCAAAUUAAAAAAGACAUUUUUUACCCAAAACUUGUACUAACAAAUGUUUUUAAAUGCAUCUAAUAAGAUACUCCAAUUAAAAGAAGAAAACAAAACCCAGACCUUUGAUACAGAAAGGACAAAUCAUUGGAGUUUGUGUGCUAUCGUUUUUUUUAGAUUUAAUAUAUACAUCAUAUUGAUGAUUGACAUUUCUUGUCCUUAUUGCAACACUGCGAUUUUUUUUUAAUUUUUAUUCAACUAUAAUGCGAUUUGUAAAAUUUGCUUGAUUUGUUGGAGUUGUGAUUUUUUUUAUUUGAUAAAUGACUUUCUGUUUCUGUUUCGAAUCUUCCUGGAAUUUCGGUAUUUUUAUAUAGAUAGUAGUUUAUAUUGAUAUUAUCGGCUGGACAAUACAUGUACAUGUGUCUUUUUUGUAUGUUUUUUUUUAAUCUUGCUCCAUUAUAAACGUGUUUUUGAGUUUAUUGUGACUUCCAUUUUCACUGCAUUUAAGAAUUGAAUGUUUCUUUUUGUAACCUAAUUGGGGUGUAAAAGAGUCGACCGAAGUACAUUUUGAAUGAAAUGCUAAAAUUUUUGAAAUCUCAAUAAAUGCAAAAAAGUUUAAAAAAAAAGGUUUUCGUCUAAAAUUAAUGCUUAAGAUAUAAAAACAACACACUGUUAAUUUGGAACCUUUGGCAUAAGUUUAACGAUUGUUAUCGUUUUUAUCAAUUUUAGUUUACAUAUACUGUCUAUGGUAAUUUAAUGGAUAAUGUUUUCAUUUUACGAUUUCUUGUGGAGCCGGACUUUGCUUUACAAAUAAACGAAGAAUUGUACGAUUUAAUAAAAAAAAGAAUUGAUGGCAAACAGGGUCUAAACCUUUAAAUGAGAGGUUGGUAUCAUUAGUUGGAACUUCUUUGUUUUUAAAAUCGUCGUUUUAUGUCAAUUUUGUCAAAAAUAUCAAAUUUAGCCAAAUGAGUCAUGAAUUUUUUUUUCUAAACGGAUUUAUACUUCCAUCAUGUCCAUGGUCAUUAAGUAUUACUACCUUCCAUAGUGGUCUUUUAAACGGAAAACUUCAUCUUGAAAUUGGAAAAAAGUCGCGUAUCGUUUUAUUUGUGGACUAGUUUAUAUCAACACCAUGAGAUGGUGACAAGGGAACGUCACCAUCUAAAAAUGAAUUAUUAACGAUAGGAAAUGAAAAAUCAUCUCUUUUAUCAUAUAAGAGGGACGAAAGAUACCAAAGGGACAGUCAAACUCAUGAAUCUAAAAUAAACUGACAAUGCCAUGGCUAAAUAUGAAAAAGACAAACAAACAACAGCACCCAUGACUCAACAUAGAAAACUAAAGAAUAAACAACACGAACCCAACCAAAAAACUAGGGGUGAUCUCAGGUGCUCCGGAAGGGUAAGCAGAUCUUGCUCCACAUGUGGCACCCGUCGUGUUGCUUAUGUGAUAACAAAUCCGGUAAAUAGUCAAAUUCGGUAGGUAACAUUCAUGAAAGGGAAGGGGAUUGUAGUUACGACGUAAGGAACAUAUCCGAUAUCAUUUGUGAAAAGGUUAUACCAUAACGGCCAACCAACUCGUGAUGGCGUUCGUAAAAAUUUCGAAGGGAUGAUUUCAACUUCACCAUUUGGAACUCUUGGUUUAAUAGCUUCCUUGUGAGCAGCAACCCUAAACCAAGAAAAUAAUAAUAGGAAAUGCAAGCACGGGAAUAUUGUUUCAGUUGGGAGAUAUUUACCCCGUAUGCAGGUGCUGCUGGAAUGUUGCUACUCAGAAAUGGAUUAUCAUAAAGUUUUAUAUCAAGUUUUUCGUUAAUGAUAUAGAUAUCAAGAUCAAGGAAAGUGCAGUGGUCAUUGUUAGUAUUAGGUUUAUUUAAAGUAAGUUCAACAUGAUGAAUUUCUGUAGUAUACAUAUUGAAGUCGUUAUUAUUGAAAGCCAAAAUAUCAUCCAGAUAUCUAUUAGUAUUGUGUUACGAUCAUCUAUUUCAUGUAAAAUAAUUAUCACAUGUUGAUAGAUAAGAGAUAAAGAAUACUUUUACUAAUUCAUAAAUUAGGAACUAUAAUUAAAGCUUGUCAGCGGCUUGACCGCAAAUAUUUAUGUAUCCGGUAUCUUGUUUAUUUUAACCACGUGCAAUAUGAAAAUGUCAGGGUUUUCCCAUAGUUGUAUUCUUGCACGUGGUUACCAUGAAUAGUGCAGGUCAGUUGUGAUAUUAUACUUGAAUGGUUAACAUCAUUAAUAAAAUGUAGUGUCUUCA